GCUGGCCGGAGGUUCUCACGCAUAUGUCGCCGUGGGGCUGGGCCAACCUUGGUAUUGGGUUUGCCCUGGGUCUAUCCGUGCUGGGAGCGGGGUGGGGCAUCUUCCUCACGGGGUCUAGCAUCAUGGGCGCAGCCGUGAAGGCGCCUCGUAUUAGGUCUAAGAAUUUGGUUAGCGUGAUUUUCUGCGAGGCGACGGCGAUUUACGGAGUGAUCAUGGCGAUCAUCCUCACCAACAAAAUUCAGGUAUAGCUGUUCUCUUUAUUGAUGUUUUUUGGGCCACUUGUACCCCUCCUGUCUUGGUCAAGUCACUCGUGAAGGGGUCCCAUAGACUGAGAGUCACAGAGAGAAGGAGAGAGAGAGCAAUUUCGCAGUACUUCGUUAGCUGUGAGCGUAUCGAGUUCUUUAGAUAGAAAGAGCGCCCUGCCGGCUUGGCGCCACGCUGUACGGAGAAGAUGGCUCUCGCGCGGCGCGAUCAGCAGCCAACAGUGUUGUGCCCCUCUUCCAGUACAUAGCAUAUGCUACAAGUAUGUCGCCGUGUACAGCAAUUGGCACGACUGCUGCGCUCCUCGUGCUGUAUCCAUGCCGUGCACUGCGUGCGAUGAUUCGGUAAGUGCAUAUGGGACGGUAUUGAGAUUGGUUGCCUCACACGCCGCGGAAUCUACGCGUGCUGGCAGUCGUAUCUGCUUCGAAGCACGGAAGACGCGCGGCCUCUUGUUCCGUUUUGCUGUUUGCGAGACAGUCUGUACCAUCUCCACCCUGUGUUGUAGAAGCCUACACUCGCCACGCAGAAUGAAACGGUGAGGGACAGUGGCUAUCGUGCACGUGUGCCCUGUGCAACCCACCUGGCAUUUUUCGUUUCCCUCAGUUUCAGUUUCAAGUUGCGGCCAUUGUGACACACCAUUGCUCGUAGACUUAACACUCAAGAAGGAAACACAGUGCGGGAAGGUCAUGCGUGCCUACGACUGCUAUCCCCAAAAAACCAACGCUGAAUUUUUUUACCGUGAUGGCGUGCUCUUUCGAGCACACUUCUCGCGAAUCAUUAUUUUCUAUGCAGAUGACGCGAGCGACAGGUUUAUGCAUGGUAUCUUCGAGCGCAAUAAUAGCACUGCGGCCGUAUGUUUCAGCCUUUCCGGUUUCGUGUCUACGUUUUUCCCAAGCGAGUUGUUGUGUGGUGCUCACUAGGCAAGCAACAGGUCCGGGUUUGUAAC